AUGCUGAAUCUCAAAGGAAAAGUCGCAGUAGUCAUUGGUCUUGGCCAAACCGGCACGGACGGCUGGGGCAUCGGCGCUGCAUGUGCGGUCGCUCUUGCGCAGCAAGGGGCUGUUAUCUUCGGUGGCAAUAGAUCGCUGCCAUCCACGGCCAAGACAACAGAAACUAUCGCGAGCAAAGGCGGACAAUGCGAUGUCAUGGUUGUCGACGCGACCUCGUCGGAUUCUGUAAAGGCGCUUGUCGAUGCUUGCGUGACGAAACACGGGCGCAUAGAUAUCCUCAUCGCCAACGUUGGACAGUCUCAGCCAGGAUGCCCGGCUACAAUGUCCGAGUCGACGUGGGACUCGCAAAUGGAUAUCAAUCUGAAGAGUGUCUACCUGGCCUGCCAUCACGUAUUGCCCGUGAUGGAACAACAGCCGAACGGCGGCGCUAUUGUGUGCGUGUCGAGCAUUGCAGGCUUGCGAUACAUUGGCAAACCCCAGAUCGCGUACAACACGGCCAAGGCGGCGAUCAACCAGUUUGUGAAGGCCACAGCGGUCAUAUAUGCCAAACGAGGGGUGCGCCUGAACAGUGUCGUUCCGGGUUUGAUGGAGACGCCAUACACCAAGAGUCUGUCCACCCGCUUUGCUGUCGAGGGUGGAUACGAACAGUUCAAGAAGAUGAGAGACGACCAGGUUCCUAUGGGCAAAAUGGGAGAUGCUUGGGACGUGGCGAAUGCCGUAGUCUUCCUUGUAUCGGACGAAGCUCGAUAUAUCACGGGCCAGAAGCUAGUGGUGGAUGGUGGCAUCACAUCCUCAACUGGCCCCACGUAA